AUGCUUGAAAGUAUGGUUUGCAAUAUUGCUGCCUCUGGAGGCCUUGGUGGGGAAGUUUUCAUAUGGGAUGUGGAAACUGCACUUACUCCAGUGUCAAAGUCUGGGGAUGCAAUGGAAGAGGAUUGUUCAAAUGGUGUAAAUGGUUCUACUAAUUCUUUGCCCAUGACAAGUUUACGAACCAUUAGCUCAAGCAAUAGCAUUUCUGCACACACGACUCAGUCCCAUGGAUAUGUCCCAGUUGGUGCUAGAGGCCAUAAGGAAUCAGUCUAUGCAUUGGCAAUGAAUGAUAGUGGAACUCGUCUGUCUCUGAUUGUGCGCGUUUGCGACCUCCGUAGUGGUUCGAAGGCUAUGAAGCUUAGAAGGCAUACUAAAAUUAGAGCUCUACAUCUGGAUUCUACUGGCAGGGAGUGUAUUGAUUCUCAGGUUCUUCUGAUUCUAUGGGUGUGGGACCUUGGCAUGCAGCGAUUAGAGUACUCAAAAGCCUUUUCGAGUGAAGCAUGUUCAGUCAGGGAUGGCAAUGAAGAUCUGCCUAAUAGAAGUCUGCAUGUACCCGCACCCGAUGAAGGUGGUUUUUUACCUGCAAAAGCGGUUAUGGAGAUGGGUGUUAAAUACUUAAGUAGAGGCAGAAGCGAGCAUUUUAAAGCUUUUUAUGUUAAUGAUAAAGAGGUAUAA